AUAUCAGAAGCCUUAUCCAAAAGUGAAGGCAAUUUUCCAAAUAAAAGAGCUUUUGAUCGUUAUCGUCACGCCUUGUGCGCUUUACCAUUCCAAGAUACGAUUGCAUCAUAACUGAAGACUAUUCAGCAUUCUCUCGCAGAUCUCCAUCCCUAUCGAUAAACAUAUUAUCUCUUCGUUGAAGACUCUUCAUCUGAAAUGGCUAAGAUUCGUGAGUGUUGUUGCUUUCUCUUACUGGCAUUUGCGAUUGCUAAGGUUUCUGAGGCAAGUAGUGAAAUCGGGGUGUAUGAAUUGAAGAGGGGAAAUUUCUCUGUCAAGCUCACCAACUAUGGCGCCACUGUUGUCUCUGUUAUUCUCCCUGAUAGGAAUGGGAAAUUGGACGACGUCGUACUUGGAUUUGACUCCGUUGAAGACUAUAAGAACGAUACAACCUACUUCGGUGCUAUUGUGGGACGUGUGGCGAACCGAAUUAAAGGGGCUCAGUUUACUCUGAAUGGCAAAAAAUAUAAGUUGGUUCCCAAUGAGGGAAAGAACAUGCUCCAUGGUGGCCCCAAAGGAUUCAGUGAUGUGAUAUGGCAUGUUCAAAGCUAUGACAAAAACAGUCACGUUACAUUCGUAUAUCACAGCUUUGAUGGUGAAGAAGGAUUUCCUGGUGAUCUUCAUGUCUCAGUGACAUAUAUGUUCUUCCAAACAAACAAGUUAGUCAUAAAAAUGACAGGUAGACCUCUUAACAAGGCCACUCCAGUGAAUCUGGCCUCCCAUAGUUACUGGAACCUUGGGGGCCACAGCAGCGGCGAUGUCUUCUCACACCAGGUUCAGCUGUUUGCAGACAAGAUCACUCCAGUUGAUGAUGAGCUCAUUCCCACCGGCAAAAUUCUCCCUGUGGAGGGAACCCCAUAUGAUUUUCUCAACAUCCAUGAAAUUAAAACUAGGUUCCAUGAAUUACCUAGUGGUUAUGAUAUCAAUUAUGUGCUUAACUAUGUGGGGAAUGAGCACUUCCAUAAGGCCGCCGUGGUGUAUGAAAGCAAAUCGGGGAGGAAGAUGGAGCUGUGGACUAAUCAGCCUGGCCUGCAGUUUUAUACCAGCAACAUGCUGGGGACUGUGAAGGGGAAAGGUGGUGUUACUUAUAACAAUUAUGAUGGAAUAUGCUUGGAGACACAAGGGUUUCCAGACGCCGUGAAUCAUCCAGACUUCCCAUCACAGAUCGUAAAUCCUGGGGAGAUUUAUGAACAUUUUAUGGUUUACAGGUUCACAGCCAAGUAGAAGAUUUGAGAUUUGUGCAAGUAGAGAUGUAGAGCCUGAUUGGAAACUGUUUUUUAGAACAGUUUUCUAUUCUCUGGAAUAAAAAACACCACGUUGGACUGUUUUAUAGAAAAUAGGAUGUUUUUAAUAUAUUUUAGUUAUUUUUUA